AUGAUAUUCAUCGUUCGAGGCCCAGAAGGCCAAAGACGGGUGGAAGUGGACGAAUCCAGAAUAUUGGAGACGCAGCUGCUUGCCUUCUUUAAUGUGGGUCAGAUAUCAAUAUCCUCUACUCCAGAUGGCAAGGACAAGAUGGAUAAGACCCAAACCCCGACCGCCUUGGGGCUCAGGAAUGGCCAGGUGCUGUAUGUAGAGUACGAGAAGAAGAAAGAGGAGCCAAAGAAGAAUCCAGAAGCCUCCAAAAACAUCAAAAGAGAAAGGGAUAGGAUGAUGUGCCAGCAUGACUCUAAUGCGAUGUGUAGCAACUGUGCACCCUUAGAUCCAUGGGACGAGAAGUAUUACAAAGACAACAUGAUCAAAUAUCUCAGCUUUCAGUCAUAUCAUGAGAUGAUAAAAAGCAAGAAUAAGGGACUAAGUGCCGAGGACUACACCAUCAAGACGUGCACGGAUCAUGGGUCCAAUACAAGGUGCAAUAGAUGCCAAGAAAAAAACAUAAUCCUGGCACCACAGGUGUUCCGAAUGGUUGACCAUGUCGAGUUUGACGGGCAGCAUUUGGUAGAGAACUUCAUUAGGAACUGGAGGGAGAGUGGACGGCAGAGAUUUGGAUUUCUUGUCGGGAGAUACAUGGACCAUGAGAUGAUUCCCCUGGGACUAAAGGCUGUGGUGUCUGGGAUAUGGGAGCCAGAACAGGAAAACUAUCCAGACGGAUUCGUGAUAACAGGGUCCAUGGACGGGCCCUUUUUGGGAACAGGCCUUGAAAUAGUUGGGAUGAUAUACACAGAUAUUCUGAUGGAGAAGGGAGGAAUUACAAGCGACAAACUUGGUCGAAGCUACUUCUUGUCAUCUCUGGAGAUUGAAUUUAUAGCAAAGAUGCAGCUUAUGCAUCCUUAUGUGGUUAGGGAUGGAGAGCAGGAGAUAGAGUUUGGGUCGAGAUUUGCAACCAUUGUUGUUACUGUGGAAAAGGAUGGAAAUAUCGGGCUGCAGGAGUAUCAAGUAAGUAACCAGUGCAUGGCUCUUUUCAAGGGAGAUUGGAUCUUUCCCACCGAAAACCCCCUGAUGCUCCUGACAACAAGGGAUAUUCUUUAUAGAACAAAGACAAAGGAAUCGAUGGUCAAGGCAAACCCAUACCUCCCAGGAGAGUUUUUCCUGGUGAAGCUAACACAUGGGUGUAAGACAAAUCCACUCUUCAAGAAUACAGAGUUUAUUCCAAAGAAGUUUGGGGAGAGGAAGAUGGCCGAAUACUUUGGAGGAGACUUUUCGAUGGAGAAGUUCUCGAACUUUACUCUUUUGGUAAGAGUGAAAGAGAUCUUUCCCAAUUGGAAGGAUCUUUUCAUGUGUAUAGCCAAGCAAGACAAGGUCAAGUUCAAGGCCAUUUCCAAUAGCCAGGACUUUAGGAGUUUUGUGUCGAGUAUGGAGAAAUAUAGAUGUACUGUAUGGGAAUGCAAGGCCUGUACCUUUGCCAAUGAAAGAAAUACAUCUUUAUGCGAAAUGUGUGGGGGAGGAAGAGACUAA